AUGGGAAGCGAGCGGAGAGAGGAAGUGCUGAUCAAAGGCUCCAGAAUUUCAGGUACUGGCACGAGGGGCUCAUCGUCCUGCAGGCAGACGCAGGACGAGGUAGGGGAAGAGCAGCCACUCCGCAAACAACCACAGGGCCGAUAUCGCCAGCACCGAUACGCCUCGUUGUAUCUGAUGACGUUGGAUCUGUGCGUCUAUUCCGACGACAGCUGGGAGGAGGCCGCCCGCGUUCCGGGUAUAACCUUAACUUUUCACUAUUGCUACUGGAAUCCGAAGAGCCAGCAUCUUAAAAGCUUGCUGGCUGGGACAGGUGCAGCUGUUAGAGAAUCUCACACAAAGCACCUGCAGCCAGAUGCACUAACUCCCUCUAGGAGGGAUGUCCUCGUCCUCACCCCUUGGCUUGCCCCAAUUGUUUGGGAGGGUACUUUCGACAUUGACCUACUAAACGCGCAAUUCAAGCUCCAGAAUGCUACCGUUGGGUUAACUGUGUUUGCUGUCAAAAACUACAUGUCGUUCCUGGAGCUCUUCCUGAGGAGUGCGGAGAAGUACUUCAUGGCCGGCCACAGGGUGAACUACUACAUCUUCACUGACCAACCUGAGCUGGUCCCUCGGCUCCCACUCCACAGCGGGAGGCGGGUGAUCGUCCUCCGGACCCAGAGCCACGAGCGCUGGCAGGACAUCAGCAUGCAGCGCAUGGGAGCCAUCAGCCAGGGCGCCCGCCAGCGCUUCCUCCAGGAGGUGGAUUACCUGGUGUGUGCCGAUGUGGACAUAGAGUUCAGGGACCACGUGGGCGUGGAGAUCCUUUCCUCUCUGUUUGGCACCAUCCACCCGGACUUCACGGCGGUAAGCCGGUACUCCUUCAGCAACGAACGCCGGCCUGAGUCGCAAGCCUACAUCCCUGAGGACGAAGGGGACUUUUAUUACAUUGGGGCCUUCUUUGGAGGGUCAGUACCAGAGGUUUACAGGCUCACCGAGGCCUGUCACCAGGCCAUAAUGAUAGACAAAGCCAAUCACCUGGAGGCCAUAUGGCAAGAGGAGAGCCAUCUGAACAAGUACCUGCUUUAUCACAAACCCACCAAGCUACUCUCUCCAGAAUACAUGUGUGACAACGACCUGCUGAAGGACAUGCAACAUCAAAAGAAGCUGGGCUUGUCCAACAUCGUGAGGCGGAUUAGAAUUUUUGCCCUACUCAAAAAUAAAGAGGUUAAGUCGGGUAAUGCUUCCCAGAAGGUUCAGAGUACUGAUGGACAAUGA